GUGUCUUUGAAAACGGCUGGGUUAUUGUUUAGUUUUUCAGUUGAUUGUCAGACAUGGAAGAAUUGUCAGACAUGGAAAAAACAAACAAGCCUACGAGAUUUGAUUCAGUAACCGUUCAUAAAGAGAAACCGAUAGGGAAGAAGUCCGUGCUACGGUUCAGGUUUAAGGACUUCACGGAGAGUGACACCGCCACGGCAGAUGUGGCAAUUAUAAAAAACACUCUGACGGUGACUGCAACACAUGGGGAAGUUAGCAGGCUCGAAGAGUACACAGGUUUGAAAAUCGAAGAAAAAACAGCAGUGAAGAAAGGCAAGAAGGACUACUUUGAUGUUACUGUGAUAAAGACGGCAGAUUUUAACCUGCAAGAGUGGCUUGACAAACACUAUGCCAGCCAAUAGUAUUUAGAAGUUGUUGUUCACCUUUUUUGCAUUUUUUUUUUUAUAUUUUGCACCUUAUUAAUCAUAAGUGAAAAUAUUAUUAUUGAAUAUGGCAGAUAUCAGUAUGGUUUAUAUGAAUACCGGAACUCAGAAAUAGAGAAUAUUUUUUUAUAUUAUCAAUUGUAAUUUUUGAGUGGAUACAAAAAUUGAAUGCUUACCAAAGCUUACACAUUUUUAGCAUGACUGUUCCCCUAUUAGUCAAAGUUAUACUACUCACUCAAAUGUCAGCGUUGGCAUCUGCAAAAUGCUCUGAUUAAGGUUAACAUACAAUAUCCCUUUUAUUAUUGACAUUAUGCCUCUUUUUAACUUUGACAAUUAUUUGUUAUCGAUUGUUUGCAACUACUCCAUAUCUCUGUUUUUACUACAUCUAUUGAAAUACAACUUUGCAUAUGUGUUCAGUGUCUUUAUUAACGCUCAAUUAGAAUGAGUUAUGACUGUGACCAGCUUUUUAGCAGGACUAUGCCUUUUUUUGUACUAAAAGUCUGGCUAAGGUUUGUGUGCAAGAUAAAAUUCAGGUUAUUUUCACAUUCUGUUUGGAACUUUCAUUUUUAUAUUUAUUUAAAUUAGUAUCUAUGAUACUUUUUCCAGUAGAGUUAAUUUUUGGAAAAUUGCAGUAUUAUUGUGGACAGUAAAAAUACUGUUUGUUGCUUCAAACUUUGUUAACAAUAAGAGGAUAAUGUAUUUCAGUAUAAAUCGUGAUUUUCGUUUUGACUCAUGGUUCUUGUGUCUGUUUUUUUUUUAAAGAAAUCUUGUUUUAGUGUCAUUAUAUCCUUUUAAUUGUGUUGAUAAUGAGUGUUAUUUCCUUUUUUUGCAAACCUCUUUUAAAUAUAAUAUGAAAAACAUCAAGAGACACAUGAUCAGUAUUGAUUUUGUCUUAGAGGUAUGCAUCCAUUAUUUGCUUGAAGUGGCAUUUUGAAUGGCAUGAACCAAUAAUUCGUGCAAAUAGCUAGUUUUUAACCGAAUUUGCUUGAAGUUUAUGCUCACAAAUUGAUAAGGGUAUUCUAUGAGACUGAUACAUCUGCGGAGGCAAACAUAUAGAAGAAUGUGAGCAUUAAGUAAAAUAGCACUGCUAAUAUCUUAACAUUAUCAAGAUGUUUAAAGGGAUCUUUUCACGCUUUGGUAAAUUGACAAAAUUGAAAAAAGUUGUUUUAGAUUCGCAAAUUUUCGUUUUAGUUAUGAUAUUUGUGAGGAAACAGUAAUACUGAACAUUUACCAUGGUCUAAUAUAGCCAUUAUAUGCAUCUUUUGACGAUUUUAAAACCUAAAAAUUAUAAAGCGUUGCAACGCGAAACGAUUGGAUAAUUUGGAGAGUUCUGUUUUUGUCGUUAAAUUUUGUGAAACUACGAAGAUUGCUUAUAUAAGGUAAAAAAAUACUUCAAGUAUAUGUACUCGGCGGAAUAGCUCAGUAGGCUAAAGCGUUUUUACUUCAGGACUCUGGCAGGACUCCAGGGGUCACUGGUUCGAAACCUGGUCCGGGCAAUGUUCUUUUCCUUUUUUUAAUUUUAUUCUUGAUUUUUUACUGGAGCUUUUACGAUCCAAUGUUUACAUUUAUCGAUAUAAAGCAUUUAAUGAUUAAGUUAAAAAAUGCCAAAAUCUGUGAAAAGGCCCCUUUAAUUAAUUUGUACUCUGUUUGGGAAAUCUUACUCCAAGAUAUGUCAUGGUUAUCAUUAAAUGAAGCUUUCCUCAGCUGUAACAAAACAUAGGUGAUACAGGUAAAAUAAUGCAUUUUGCGACAUCAAACCAUUUAUGUAACAACAUAAACUAUUAAAUUUGGAUUGUUUUAAACGUUUACGAUACGAAACUUGUUGAUAUGUAUUAAGACAACAACAAAAUCUCUCCUGAUGUAGUUUCUCGAGUCUUAUUGUUUGCUUCAUUUGUCAUACUGGCAUGUUUCAAACAGUAUUUUUUGUUUUUGUGAAUUGAUGACUUAUAAUUUUAGAGACUACCUUUAAAAUGGUGCCAAGUAAUGAUCAUGUAAUAUUAUUUGUUUCCUAUGAGCAUUUAGGUCUGUUAAUUUAUUUACUAUCCCAGUUUGCUUUGUAUUAUUUGUUUACUAUACAUUUUUAGCAGAUGUAAUUUGGUGUUAUUAGCGCAUGCAAAUUCUUGUUCAUUAAUUCAAUUUACCGACUUAUGUGCCCUGUAUUUAGGUAUAUUUACAGUGUUAUUAUUUUUAUGAAAACACUUUUGCAAAACUUUUACCCAUGAGUUGCAUAUUUGUACACUUAAACAAUUACGCUCCUUAUAAAUAAAUGUAACAAUAGAUGUUGUUUUAUUAAUGAAUCAAGGCAAGUUAGAUUGUAUUUGCAGUUUGUUUUUCUGCAAUUCGGUAUCCCCGGUAACAAGUCUUGACAUUGUAUCCAUACUCACAUGACGUUAAGUAGAUUGAAUGAUGUAUUUCUUCAAUUUCAAUUUUCUUCAAUUUCAAUUUUCAUAGCACAAUAAAUGUAGCUUUUCUUAAA